UCUAAACAAACCACCAAAUCUUUGAUUCUCAACCGUUUUAAGUGGUUUUGCUUCUCAUUCGUUUGGAAUCUCGAGUUCUCUCUGUUUUUGCAGAUCACUUCACCAGUUUCCACAGAUGGCAAGAACUAAGCAAUCCGCCAAGCGAACGAGAGCCAUGUGCAGCACGCCACCCCCGCAAGUGCAGCAACAAACGUCCGCCUCCUACCCAUGGCCCCGUGAGCAAGAGGGUGAACUGAUUGAUCUCGACAGCCCAUUGCUCCUGGACUUCAAUUGCGAGGGGUGGGAUAAGGGGACAGCAGCGCGUUACAACGCCCUCCUCCGAGUCGACAUGCUACCCACUCGUUUCUGCCACGCGGAAACUUUGGCUGAUCUUGGGAUCGACGAGGAUGUAUUCGAGACGCUGCACGCCAUAGGGAUUGCUCCUCUGUGCUACACAACGCACGGGCUCUACCCAGACCUUGUUCGCCAGAUGCUCGCCACAGCCACGAUCACUUACGAGGAUUCCGACGCACCCUCCUACGCCAACUGCUCGUUCUCUUUCAUGGCAGAUGGAGAGUACUGCUCCUUGUCCCUCGACAAGCUCAAUGAAAUCUAUGAGAUGGCCACUGAACCGAAGGGGGUAGCGGUGGCGAAAAAGUUCUCUCCCUCUAACGCCUUUUGGGACUGCAUUGCAAAUGGGAACUUCACAGCCGGAAAGGUCUACCAGUCGCAGAUUCGGAACCCCGCGCUUCGUGUCAUCGCGAAGAUCAUCUCAAACCUCCUGUUCGCUAAGGAUCUGACCUCGAAGGUCACCAACGGGGAGCUGCAAACCCUGUACACUGGUAUUGAGGAUGAAAUUCGCGCUUCUGGAUCCGGAAUUCCCAUUCAAAAGGUUAAGACGAAUCCCGGUUUCAACUUCAUGACCAUGAUAUGCGAGCGGCGACAGUGCCUUAUGCACGGCUCGAAGAAGAAAGACAGGAGCGGCAGCCUGCUCACACCGCUUUUCAAGCAUUUCGGCAUUGAUCUCACCAAAUACAGCGUCAACAAGGAGGUCCAGUACCUCGACAUUAGGUACCUAAUGGCGUGCCACAUCAUGCGAGAUGAAGAGACCUACAGCUUUUUCGAUAAAGCCGGUACUCAACUAUUCACCAAACUGCCUCACCCCGAGAUCACCAGGUUCAGUGUGUUUGAGAACAUACGGUUUCUUCCUCCCCCCGAGCUCCUUUGCACUGAUCCACGUGCUGCGGUCCCUGAUGAAAACAUGGAUGAUGUUGAGGACGUCACCCCUGAAGCCGACCCAUCGUACGACCUCGGAGAGCUCGCUGAUGUAUCCGAUGAUCACGCUUACAGACGCUGGAUGGUGGACUCGCAGCGAAAGAACAACAGCCUCAUGCGGAGGAUACUCCACCUCAUCACUGGGGGAUGCAUUGGAGGGAGCGACCAGCGCCAGUCCACGACAGAUCGCCCACCAAGAUCUCACCGUCCCGGCAAGGAACCCAUGGGAACUGGUCCUUCUUCAGAAGAGGUUCAUCGCUCGCGCAACAGGCGAUCCCUUGACCCAGCCGAGAGCGGCGAGUCCGACUGAGUCCGCAAGGACUAUCCUCUAUCCAUUGUUCUAUCCAUCUGAACUUGUUAUUUUUAUUUUUAACGUUUUAUGCUGUGUUGCUUUUUGGCUGACCUCAGCUUCAUUUCCACCAGGGAUGGUGUCGAUUAAGUCUGGGGGAAGCACUGUGUGCUGAAACUCUAUUUCUUUGUUUCUUUGUUUUUGAGUCAGUCCUUGCGUCAUUUGGAUGUUUUAUCGAGUCAGUUUAGGAUCGAGUCAGUUAAAACUCUUGUGGGAAUGAGGACCUUGUGAUAUAUUCUUUUAACCACCUCGUGCUCUAACAUUCUUAUCCAGUGACCUUAGCAGUGAUGAAAGAGCCCAUACUUGGACCUGGAACACCCUUCGACCCAUCUCAUUUGACUCUCCAGAAGCUCUCAUCCGAUCAGGUUACACUGGGUAGACUCAACUCCUCCUAACUUGAACCUAAUCUUGACUGAAAUUCUUCUUGUUAUGGGCACUAGAUCAGGGAAACGAGACCAACGCUCAGGACUUCUUAUUCUUUUUACCAAUCUUGCUGAUCCUGAGCGGCUAGCUCAUUUUUAGCUAGUUCCAACCUUCUACCUAAGCCUUUAUUUUCACCCUCAUGCACUCUGUUUUUCAAAGUCAUAUGUGCAGAUAUGUGCAAAAAGGCCGGAGAGGAUAGGAUUGACACAGCCCCUUACUCGUUGACGCCUGACACUCAGAGCAGUCUACAAGAUCAAUCCUAAAAGAAAGGAACAGUCAAAAGCGCAUGAGAACAGUCGACAAGAUCAAUCCUUAAAGAGAGGAACAGUCGAAAGCGCAUGGAACAAUGGCACCCCGUGAGAAACAGAGGAUAGACCCCCAGCGGCUGCAAAUCAUUCGUCCCGAUACCUCUCUCCAUCUCUAU